UGUGUCAAUCAGCUUGGCGGGGUGUUUCUGAACGGGAGGCCGCUUCCAGCAUAUAAAAGGAGGAAGAUGAUCGAACUGGCAUCGGAAGGUGUGCGCCCAUGCGAGAUCUCCAGAAUUCUGCAGGUGUCAAAUGGCUGCGUCAGCAAGAUUUUGAGCAGGUACCACAAAACCGGCCUCCUGGACCCGAAGGCGACCGGAGGUAGUAGACCUCGACUCCUCACCCCCGAAGUCAUCUCGAAAAUAAUCGAAUGCAAGACGAAAAACCCAACAAUAUUCGCCUGGGAAAUCAGAAAAAAGCUCGCGGCCGAAAGAAUCUGUAAAUCGGCCAAAGUGCCCAGUGUAUCCUCUGUAAACCGAAUUCUCAGGAAAAUUCAACUUGACUCUGCGAUGUUGAGUGUGGAGAUUUCUGCGCACCACCCCAGAUACCCAGGUCUUCUAGUGGAGACCCCAACGCAGUCAGUAGUGAAGGAGAGGGAGGAGAUGGAGACAGUUGAGGUGAACGAGCUCCAGCCUCCCGGGCCCCAGCAUCGCAACCGCACCACCUUCACCCUGGUGCAGUGCAGAGUGUUAGAGCAAGAAUUCACACAGAGCCACUAUGCAGACAUGUUCACCAGGGAAAAACUGUCAUCUGAGAUCCAACUUCCAGAGGACACCAUCAAGGUGUGGUUCUCAAACAGAAGAGCAAAAUGGAGGAGGGAAGCCAAGUAUAAGAGCAGUGUCCACGGAGCACAUACUUCAUUUCUGACGAACCAAAAGAACAAAGAUUUCCCUGCAGUGAAUUCGAUGACAACAACCAACUCAAUGACUCAACAGACUCACUGGGGUCAGAGGGAGAGUUUGGGAGUACAGUUUGACACUUCAUGCUCAGAAAUCUCCCAGAGAUAUGGUCCAGCUACUACAAUAGAGAGAGGUAUAGGAGGAACAGAAGUGUUGGGUUAUAGAGGCAUCUCCAUUCCGCUUCCAUCCUCAGCAUCUCAAUACUCAGGCAGCACCACAUUCCCAUUGGUCCAUCUCCAGGACGAGAGGACUCCAUCGGCUCACCAUGCAGAGAGAUUCAUUUUCCCAUUGGCUCAUCAUUACACAGACGUGAGGACAGUCUUCCCAUUGGCUCAUCAGACUGAGAGGAUGGGACAUUCACUGAACUAUCAUUGGGAUGAUGGGUCAGAUUUCCAAUUUUCUCAUCACCAAACAGAUGAAAGGAUUAUAUUGGCUCAUCACAGGGAGAGGACUGGUGGUCCAUCGCUUAUUUGACAGAAUGUCUCUCCCCUUUUCUCGCAUCAGUGAAUGUCAGAGGCAAACAUUCACACACACACACACCUCUAUGGCUCUGCUGAUUAGGGUAUGCAAUAGAGUGGGUACAGAGACAAUCGUGACCUAAUGUGUUUAAAAUGACAUUUCUACAGGCUAUUGCAGCAUAUCUCAGUGAAAUGUAUGACUUUUUCUGUUUUGAAAAGUAUUUUCAGUAAUA